CCUCUGGCUCAAAUCCGAAAACAUAAGUCGAAAAAAAUGGGGAUUUUUGAGCCAUACAGAGCACUUGGGUACAUAACUAGCAGUGUUCCUUUCUCCGUUCAGCGGUUGGGCACCGAAACCUUCGUCACCGUCAGUGUCGGCAAAGCUUUUCAGAUUUACAACUGCGCAAAGCUUAAUUUGGUGCUAAUUGGUCCCCAAUUGCCGAAGAAGAUACGAGCCCUUGCUUCAUAUCGUGAUUACACCUUUGCUGCCUAUGGAACUCAUAUUGCAGUAUUUAAGCGAGCUCAUCAGGUAGCAACUUGGAGCAGACAUAGCGCGAAGGUUAAUUUGUUGCUUUUGUUUGGAGAGCACAUUCUAAGUGUAGAUGCAGAUGGAAAUAUCUUCAUUUGGGCAUUUAAAGGAAUUGAAAACAAUCUUGCUCCAGUCGGACAUAUUAAGCUUGAUGAAAAUUUUAGUCCUAGCUGUAUAAUGCAUCCUGAUACUUACUUGAACAAGGUUAUUCUUGGGAGCCAGGAGGGUUCUUUGCAGCUUUGGAACAUUAGUACGAAGAUAAAGCUUUUUGAGUUCAGGGGUUGGAAUUCAUCUAUUUGCAGUUCUGUCUCGUCACCUGCAUUAGAUGUUAUUGCGGUUGGAUGUGCCAAUGGAAGUAUUCAUGUUCACAACAUACGUUCUGAUGUGGAGGUGGUUACAUUUAAACAUUCUGCACGGGGUGCUGUGACUUCCUUAUCUUUUAGCACAGAUGGACAGCCUCUUUUAGCAUCUGGAGGUUCUUCUGGGGUCAUAAACAUAUGGAAUCUUGAGAAAGGAAGGCUACAAUCAGUCAUAAGAGAAGCUCAUGACAGUUCAAUAAUCUCACUUCACUUUUUGGCUAAUGAGCCUGUUCUGAUGAGUUCAUCAGCUGAUAACUCAAUUAAAAUGUGGAUUUUUGACACAAGUGAUGGAGAUCCUAGACUUCUACGUUUUCGAAGUGGGCAUAGUGCUCCUCCACUUUGCAUAAGGUUCUAUGCCAAUGGAAGACAUAUCCUUUCUGCAGGUCAAGAUCGCGCAUUUCGCCUUUUCUCUGUCAUUCAGGAUCAGCAAAGUAGAGAGCUUUCACAACGCCACAUAUCUAAGCGAGCCAAGAAACUCAAGAUGAAAGUAGAAGAGUUAAAAUUGAAGCCAGUUGUUGCAUUUGACUGCGCUGAAAUUAGGGAAAGAGAUUGGUGCAAUGUGGUUACAUGCCACAUGGAUACCGAACAGGCAUAUGUGUGGAGACUUCAAAACUUCGUUCUUGGUGAGCAUAUCCUGAGGCCAUGUCCUGAAAACCCAACUCCAGUUAAGGCCUGUGCCAUCAGUGCUUGUGGCAAUUUUGCUGUUCUUGGGACUGCAGGUGGUUGGAUUGAGCGAUUCAACCUUCAAUCAGGAAUCAGCCGAGGCUGCUAUGUUGACCUGUCAGAAAAAGGACGUGCUCAUCAUGGAGAAGUCAUUGGAGUUGCUUGCGAUUCUACAAAUUCCCUGAUGAUAAGUGCUGGAUAUCAUGGAGAUAUAAAGGUUUGGGAUUUUAAGGGACGUGAACUAAAAUCCAGAUGGGAAGUUGGUUGCCCUCUGGUAAAGAUUGUGUACCAUCGUCUUAAUGGUCUUUUGGCUACAGUGGCAGAUGAUUUAAUUAUUCGUCUGUUUGAUGUUGGGGCAUUAAGAAUGGUUCGUAAAUUUGAAGGCCAUGCAGACCGUAUUACAGAUUUGUGUUUCAGUGAAGAUGGCAAAUGGCUUUUGUCAUCAAGCAUGGACGGGAGUCUGAGAAUUUGGGAUGUGAUUUUGGCAAGACAAAUUGAUGCUGUUCAUGUCGAUGUAGCUAUCACGGCAUUGUCCCUGUCACCAAAUAUGGAUGUUUUGGCAACUGCCCAUGUUGAUCAGAAUGGUAUCUACAUGUGGGUUAACCAGUCUAUGUUCUCUGGAGCUUCAAAUGUGGAUUCAUUUGCAAGUGGGAAGGAAGUUGUAAAUGUCAAGUUGCCAUCUGUCUCUCAGAUGGAUGGUUUACAAGUAGAGGAUUCUGAUGAGCGUGCCAUUGACCACUCAGUCUCUGAAGAUGUUUCUACUGUUUCUUCAAUACCUAAUAAGCAGAUUCCAGGGCUGGUGACCCUCUCUUUGUUGCCAAAGAGCCAAUGGCAGAGCUUGAUCAAUUUAGAUAUCAUAAAGGUCCGCAAUAAACCCAUUGAGCCUCCCAAACAACCUGAAAAGGCUCCUUUCUUCUUGCCUACAGUUCCAUCUCUUUCUGGCGAAAUAAUAUUCAAGCCCAGUGAGUCAGCUGAUGAAGAGAAUGGUGGUGAAAGUGAUGAGAUGGCAAAGAGUCAAACAAAAUUAGACAUGCCACCAUCACAGUUUGUGCAACUCCUGCAGUCCUCUGCAAAGAUGAAAAAUUUUUCAGUGUUUACUGAUUAUCUUAAAAGUUUGUCACCUUCAACUUUGGACAUGGAACUGCGAAUGCUUCAGAUUGUAGACGAUGAUCAGCAAGAACUUGAUAAGAGAUCUGAGAUGAUUUUCAUUGAACUGCUUUUGGACUAUUUUAUCCAUGAAAUUUCAUGCAGAAACAACUAUGAGUUUAUACAAGCCCUUCUCAAGUUAUUUUUAAAGAUACAUGGUGAAACAAUACGCAGUCAUUCAAGAUUACAAGACAAGGCAAGUAAGCUUCUGGAAAUUCAUUCGGAUGUAUGGCAGAGAAUAGAUAGAUCAUUCCAAGUUACGAGAUGCAUGGUCACAUUUUUCAGCAACUCACAAUUUUGAGGUUCUUUCUACCUUUUGUUUUAUUAUCUGAUGAAAUCUUUUCUAGAUGUGGUUCUACUAACCCAAUGAAGGUUGGUACCACUAUUCUGUGAGACAGUUCUCCUGCAACUGUUGCCAGAAUGAGGACGUUAUAAAUUGCAAUUUUUGAUAAAAAAGAGAUUAGCAAAGCAUCAUUUAUCUGUUCUGACUCAACAGUUCAAACAUUUACAAGAG